ACAUUAAUACAUUACUCUCUUUGUAAGCUUCUUCUUCUCCGUGAUAACAAUGGACGUCCGUGAAACAAUAACCAGCCUAACCGACGUCGCUUUGAGCGUCACGAAGCAUCUUCUUCAGACCGAAGGCAAGGACUCGAACCUGGUUUUCUCGCCAUUGUCGAUCCACGUAGUGUUGAGUCUGAUCGCCGCUGGGUCCAAGGGUCCCACCUUGGACCAGCUUCUCUCCUUCCUCAAGUCAAAGUCCACCGAUCACCUCAACUCUUUCGCUUCCGAGCUCGUCGCCGUCGUCUUCGCCGACGGGAGCUCCGGAGGCGGACCCCGAUUGUCCUUCGCCAACGGCGCUUGGGUCGAGAAGUCUCUUCCUCUCAAGCCUUCUUUCAAACAGGUUGUGGACGCUUCUUACAAGGCGGCUAUUUCUCAGGUUGAUUUCCAGACCAAGGCUGCUGAGGUGACACGAGAAGUGAAUUCAUGGGCUGAGAAAGAAACUAGUGGCCUUAUCAAAGAGGUUCUUCCUCCUGGAUCAGUUGACAGUACAACCAGGCUCAUCUUUGCCAACGCAUUGUACUUCAAAGGAGCCUGGAGCGAGCAGUUUGAUGCUUCAAAAACAAAAGAUUAUGACUUCCACCUUCUUAAUGGGUCUGUCAAGGUACCCUUCAUGACCAGCAAGAAGAAGCAGCUCGUCAGUGCCUACGACGGAUUCAAAGUCUUAGGACUUCCUUAUAAACAAGGCGAGGACAAGCGGCGCUUCUCCAUGUACUUCUUUCUUCCAGAUGCUAAUGAUGGGCUGCCACAUUUGGUGGACAAAAUUGGUUCAGGGCCUGGAUUCUUGGAACGCCAUAUUCCCUAUCAACAAGUUAAAGUGGGCGACUUCAGGAUUCCGAGGUUCAAAAUUUCAUUUGGGUUCGAAGCUUCCAAUACCCUGAAAAGUCUAGGACUGGUGUUGCCUUUCUCUGGUGAAGGUGGCCUGACGGAGAUGGUGGAGUCGCCUGUCGGUCAGAACCUAUAUAUUUCAAGCAUAUUCCAAAAGUCCUUCAUUGAAGUUAAUGAGGAAGGCACAGAAGCUGCAGCUGCUUCUGCUGGUGUUAUAAGUUUGAGAUCUCUGGUGGUCAGCAAUGAAAUAGACUUUGUUGCUGACCAUCCAUUCCUGUUCCUGAUCAGAGAAGACAUGACCGGGACUGUUCUGUUCAGUGGUCACGUGGUCAAUCCCCUCCUUGCGGGCUGAUCACAUAAUCUCUCUAUACUGAAAACUUUGUGAGUAGAUCGAACCUAAAAACACGAGCAUAUGGUUUUUCCUUGACUGGACCUAAAUAACUGCCGUUGCUAUGACAUUUGCAGCUUCAUUUAAUGUACUGCUUUCAAAGAACGUGGACAAUGUUCUUUGUUGAUGCAGUAUUAGGAUCUGCGAAAUCCGGUAUAAUAAGCUAGCGUGAAGAAUCGUAUUUUUUUUUGUUGAUUGCUGGACUUUAUAUGUUGAGAAUCAGAUAAAAGUUUUAUAACCUUACUCUGAUACUGGAUAAUGUUGACUUAUAAUUUGUAUGUGGAUCUAUUAUUAGGAUUAUGUAAAGGAAGUAUUUAGCAUCUCUUCUUUUUUAA